UGCAAAGCCAUGCCCCUCUAUUUACCUGCUGUUGUUGCUACUGCAGUCUCUGCUCUCUGGCUGCUUUAAAGAAUCCUAACCCCCUCCCCUUCCCCGCCCAAGCCGUCUCCGUGUCUGGUGGCUGGGGGGAAACAAGCAUCAACAGACUAUUGCUAUGAAGUAGGCAAUGGGUACAUAUAUCUGAGUUACGCCAACGGAGGGUUCCCUAACCAGUGUGGUUCAAAACAAGCUCUUAAGGACCCCCAGGAGAAAGAAGGCCAAUACUAAGGGCUGAUACCAGGAAUAUAAUUUCAUCUCUCAUUAUUUCUAUGUUGUUGUGCUGGCGUGGGCCCCCGGUAUAUCCAGUUCCGCAUGGUGGGUGACAGCACUCUGCAGUCAUCUGCAUUCUCUGCUUUCGUGAACCGGGGUUAGUGAGCUGCCGUUUUCUCCAAGCCUCUCCCUUCAGACCUGCUGCUGGAUGAGGUCUCACUCUUCAUCUUUCUGCUGCAGUCCUUUGCGUUCGACACCAGUGUUUCUGCUGUAAGAAGAUGGCGGAUCGAGCCGAGAUGUUUUCCUUCUCUACCUUUCACUCUCUCUCCCCUCCAGGCUGCAGGGCUGCCCAUGACAUCAGUCUGGAGGAGUUUGAUGAUGAGGAUUUGUCAGAAAUCACGGACGACUGUGGAAUCGGCAUGAACUAUGACUCUGACCCUUACGAAAAGGAUUGCCAUAUCUUGGAGAAAAGUGACCAUCCGCACCCUAUAUGUUCCUUCCAGGAAGAUUUUCAGGAGUUUGGAAUGAUUGACGACAAUGAUGGUGAUGAAGAUGAAGAUAUUGAUGAACUAGAAGCUCCACCAUCUCCAAUCACCUCACCUCUGCCUUCACCAUCUGAGAGAACAGGGCAGAAAAUGCGUCCAACCACCUUAAACCUGACAGCACCGGGCUCACAGGAUUCUCUGAACAACAAUGGGGGUUACUCUCCGCAGAAAACCAGCUGGCAAGAAACUGUGCUUCAUUCCUGUUCUCCACCACCUAGUGAACACUCAACACCUUCCCAUUCAUGUAUUCAAGAUGGUUGUCACUCUGAGAGAACAUGUACAACAGGUCUAUAUUCAGGAUCCCGUGACACAACAGAAGCUGAACAUCCCCAGUCACCACACAGACCUCAGCUUUAUGAUCGUGAAGGCAACAGGCCUAACAGCUUGGAAUAUGGUAACCAAAAGCCUGAGCAACAUAUGGAAGAUUAUAAUAUGAACAUCAUACCCUUUCUACCAUGUUCACCACUUCCACCACAUUCCCCAUCCCAUGACGAGCAGAUGUCACCUAAAUCAUGUCUCUCUCCAACAGGGUCCUUUGGCCAUCAAAAUAUGUCCACGAGUUCAGAUGCAGGAAUGGAGCUCCAUCACAUCAGAACUACUUCCUGUUCCUCUAACGUGGCCCAUGAUGAUGAUGUUUCUCAAGGUUCUGAUACAGAGCUGGAAUCGGCUAAUGGCAGCAGCAUGAGAUUGUAUCCAUCACGAAGGGCAAGUGAGACUUACACACUGACUUUAGAAACCAAGGCAGGUCCAGAACAAGAAUUAGAUAUCACCCUUGAUACCACUAGUAAAUGCCUGACACCAAGCAACCCAAUAAAUGAUGCUGGAACUCCACUGUCUGAUGAAGAAUUAGAAAAAGAUUUUCUGGUAGAUCCUGAAUGUGAAAGAACUGAAACAUCUUCUGAACCCAGAUCAGAUGAAGCUGAUAUUUCGCCAUUAGGUUUUGAAAGUAAUUUGUUUCAUUCAGAACCUACUCACAGUCAAAUGUCCUCAAACAGGCAAUUCUUUGAAGCAGUGGAAUCUGCUCACUGCAGUUCUGUUGGGCCAAUAGCUGGCCGUCCAUCUAUAUCCUCUAAUGAAACAAGUUCGCCUUCAUCUGAUCCAGGCAUUGAAGCAGAUCUUACCAGCAAAAGUUCCAAAAAGUACCUGCAGCACAGUCACCAUAGUGAUGACCUUAGCUCCCCAGGCUCAGACUCUGAUAUUGAAGGAGAGAUAGAAGCAGCAUUUGCCUGUGGUGGUAAUAUUGUUGGUAACAUGAUAUCAUCAAUAUCUGAGACUGAACUGGACCUCACCAGUGACAGCAGCAGUGGAAGAUCUUCACAUCUCACAAACUCUAUUGAAGAAGCUAGUUCUCCUACUUCAGAAGCUGAAAUAGAUGUAGAACUGGAGAGAGAUGGUAUUGUAGGCAUUAAGGACUCAUUACUUCUGACAAAAUCUGAUAUCAGUGAUAUUACUUCAUCAGCUAUUGAGGCAGACAUUCAGUCUGAAUUUGUCCGGCAAAGUCCAGAUUGUUAUAGUCGCUACAGUUUUGAUACUAAAGUAGACUCAUCAUCAGAGUUAAAGAUUGAAGAUGAUUAUGAAAGUGUGAAUUUUGAUGAAUCUCUACCACCCAUAGACCACACUGAUGAGCAAAUCCCUAGGCCGCUUGAUCUGAAAAUUGAACCAGACCACAGCUUAGAGAGUAUCAGGAGGUCUUUCUACCUUCCUAUUGGACCAAAGCUCAUGCCUGACAUAGAUGGCAACAGUGAAUAUGACUCUGACUCAGAUUCAGAACCUGAUGUUAGUGAGGAUUCAGACUCACCCUGGCUCUUGAGCAACUUGGUCAAUAAAAUGAUCUCAGAAGGUUCAUCUCCUAUAACAUGUCCAGAUGACUGUUUCCGACAAUCACCUUCUGCCAAUGACAGACUAUCUCAUCCUUUAGAACUGGAUAUAGAAAAAAUUAGUAUAGCUUUGAGCAAACACAGCGCAGUGGAGCACACUGCUGGUACAGUGACACAUCAAAACUCUUAUGAGUCACCACAGACUGGAGAGGAACCAGAUGAAAUAAGAGACAAGGUUUCAGACCACAAGCCAGAAGUAGUCCUCUAUAGUACUAAGAGUUCUAACAUCAAAUACAAGCCAAACAAUGAAACCCAAAAGAAGACAUCACCUUAUGAAGAGUGUAAAGCAAGUCCAGAAGCUAUUGAACUUCGUGCUGGUGCUUGCUUAUACAUGAGUAACCCAACUAAUGACAUAAUUGUUCCUGCAUUUGCUGACAGGGACAUUGCAAAUAUUGUUAGCAAGAUGGCAGCCUACAAGCACUGUGAAGUACAAAAUGAACUGCACAUAGAGUGUAAUAGCAUACAACUGGAAACUGCUGCCUCAAGCCCUGUGACUCCAGAUAAAUCUGAAGCUGCUCUGGUUAUUUCAGAAGAUGGUACUACCUCCCCAGUUAAGACACCUGAUGGAAGUAAAAACAGAUUCUGUAGUCUAAGGAAGGAGAUGGACUUUCAUACUUUGAAUGUAAAUGAUUUGACAGAAGAGGCAGACUUGGCUCCAUCCGAGAAUGAGGCAGAUGAUGUCACUGCAGAUGUUUCCACAGCAAAAACUAACAGAUGUUUUAAUCUGACAUAUUCAACAGAUGAAGAUGAUGUCCCCUACUUUGAGUCCCUAAAGAAUUCUCCAUAUUGUGAUGAGUUCCUUGAUGGCCCCUUAAGUCCAGAUAGUAACCUUGCUCCUAUGUCCCCAUCAGCUGUACUGAGGACCAGGGACCUAGAUGAAUCACUAGUUUAUGACUCUGUAAAGUAUACUCUGGUUGUAGACGAGAACACAAAGUUGGAACUUGUUAGCCUAAAGAGGUGUACUUCAGUCCUUAGUGAUGACAGUGAAAUCUCAACUAUCUGUGAUAACUGUGACCUUGAAGCUGAAACUGAGUUUGGAAGGGACAUGAUCAGGCCAGAAAUCCAGAACUCAUCAGAGGAUUCUUCUCCAGAAGGUGACAUGCAAUUUUCCAAAAAGUUCCUGAAUGUAUUUGUGAACAGCACAUCUAGAUCUUCUAGUACUGACUCUUUUUCUCUAUUCUCCUGCACAAUCAAUGGAGAAGAACGGGAGCAAACCCACAGGGCUGUUUUCAGAUUUAUCCCUCGCCAUGCAGAUGAAUUGGAACUCGAUGUCGAUGACCCACUCUUUGUAGAAGAGGAAGAAGAUGAUUACUGGUACAGAGGCUACAACAUGAGGACAGGAGAGAGAGGCAUAUUUCCAGCUUUCUAUGCUCAUGAAGUUAUGAGCCCAACGAAAGAGCUUACUGCAGGACUGAAGAGGAAGCCUGGUUGGGUGGAGAAGUUCAAUGUACAGUUUCUGGGAUCCGUGGAAGUGCCCAGCCAUCAAGGAAACAGUAUCCUCUGUGCUGCCAUGCAGAAAAUCGCAACAACCAGGAAGCUGACAGUGCAUCUACGCCCACCUGCAAACUGUGACCUAGAGAUCAGCAUCCAGGGAAUCAAGCUGGUUAUGAGUAUUGACUAUGGGGAUGGUGGUGAGUUUGAGAGAUGUAGUCAUUUUUUCCAAAUGAAGAACAUUUCUUUUUGUGGAUGCCACCCUAACAACAGCAGUUACUUUGGCUUUAUAACCAAACACCCUGUUCUUAACCGCUUUGCCUGCCAUGUCUUUGUGUCACUGGAAUCUAUGAGACGUGUUGCAGAAUGUGUUGGACGAGCAUUCCAAGAAUAUUACCAGGAGCACCUGGAGUAUGCCUGCCCCACUGAGGACAUCUACUUGGAGUGACCUGCCAUUUGCUUCAGCCAACAGGAAACAGCCAACCAAACUGAUGGGGCAGGGUAGAGGACAGUCGUUAUUAAGGGAGGGAGGGUAGCCGGGAGGGGAGGGAACCUGUAUAGUAAAAGACAAUAGCAUUCUUCUGGAAUUCCUUUUUCAAGCCCUACUUCUCUGCUUAUGCAUCUAUUUGCGGUUUUAGGUGCACAGUACCAAUUACUGCAUGACUUCACCAGUAAUGGACAUGUGGACAGCAGGCUUCAACUGCAAAAGAGGGCAAUUGGCCCUGGUCAGCUUCCCUAAUGGGAAAACACAAGCAUGUAUUUUUUUUUUCUUUUAGGGGGUAACAAUAGGUGAGUUAAGAUGCCGCUGCUGCUGUUACUGCUUGGUAAUCAUCUUUUCUACUACAUUUUCUCACAAGUUCCUAUACAUUUGGCCAAAAUCCAUUUUAGAAGACACGUGGCAAUACUUUAUUUAUCUGCUCAUCUAUGUGUCUGGCUUUUAUUUAUUUAAAGCUAUACAACAUAUUUUUAUCAAGUAAGUAUCCAAUGCAGAUGAGAAUAAUAUGUGGCAAAAAUAGAUGAUUUAUCAGAACUAGUUUGUGAAUUUUGAUCCUAUUUUUUUUUUGAGGGGGAGGGUUAAUGACUGUUUUCUGCCCAUGUCACUUUAACAGAAUAUCCUAGCACUGUGCUCAGCUGGAUAUAAGGCAAGGAUAACUAGGUACACAUGUCGUUAGUCAACAGAGCCUUCUAGGCAUUGGUAGCCUGGAUUCUGCAGCCUUGAUGACAAGUGAACCAAGAUGCAUUACUUCAAAAAAAAAAAAAAAAAAAAAAAAAAAAACAGAGCCAGAGCCAGUAAUCUGCACAGAUGGAUGCCACACAGCAGUUAUCUGUUUUGAAUGGAACAACUUUUGCUAUUACUGUGUCAGUGAUGCUGUUAUGGGUAAUUCCAUGUUGGUCCAGAAUUUGGGACUGAGCACACCAGAAACUGAAAAAUAUUCUUUUUCUUAAAAGCUUCUGUGGAGAUGCAUAAUACCAAUGGCCCUGUGCUGUAGAGCAUUUCCUAUUGAUAGUCCAAAGGUAAAGUGACUUUAUUACAGCAGCUUUCAGAGCUAUCAGCACAAAGGUCAAUAUUGGGUGCUGAAAAAUAUUCCAUGGAAACUUAAAUUUGGGAAUCUGGUUUCAAGCUGCUUGGAGGACUUUACUAUUACUGAAAGCUUACAGGACUGGAUCAUUGAAGGAGAGAUGAUUUGCUGCUACAUGACUGAAGGACUGAAUUGCACAAGACACAAGCAUGGAUCCCAAACAGAGGGAUCCGUAAAAGGUACUGAAGGGAUUAUUAAAGCUAGGACUAGCUCUGUGUGUGCAUAUGGUAAUCUAGACUAAUGUCACAAUAAACCACAGUGGAUCACA